AUGAUUUCGAAUGACGUUGAAAAUAAUAUUAGUAGUAGUAUUAGCAACAUUACUACUGUUUCACAGCCAUCAACGACUGUAACAUCAUCAAGUCGUGGUAAUACAAAUUAUUCAUCAAUCAAUACAUUAAUUACAACUGAUACUCGACAAAGUGUUCGUCUUUCAACUAAAUCUUCUAAAAGAACAUCAUCAUUAAAUCAAUCAAGUAUCCAUCGAACAAUAUCGGGCGGUGUUGCUCUUACUCAUUCAGCAAAAUUAAAUGUUCGUAAACGAACUUCGGGUAGCACUGAUACUCAAGGUACAUCAACUAGUUCUAUAAGUUAUUUCACAAUUACAUCUAAUGAUAAUGGUGAUGUUCAAAUUCGAACAGUUACUGUUGAUUCAAAAUGUUGUAAAUUACAAGUAUGGGAUACAGCUGGUCAAGAUCGUUAUAAAUGUAUUACAUCAUCAUUUUAUCAUGGUGCACAUGAUAUUAUAAUUUGUUUUGAUAUACCCAGGGUGAAUUCGACCUGGGUAAUGAAUCGUGAUAGUUUUGAUAAUGUUGAUAAAUGGCUUGAAGAAGUAAAAAGACAUUGUGGAAAUCAACCACCUGUGUAUCUUGUUGGUACAAAAUCUGAUUUACAAUCACGACGUGUGAUUCUUUAUUUAACAAUAAAAACAUAUACUGAUACAAAAAUUUAUCUUAUAUUGAAACAAGUUCAAAAAAAAAAUGAAAAUGUUGAAAAUUGGUUUAUUGAUUUUGCACAAACAUUGGUUACACAUACUGAUCAAAUAGAAAUAAAUCAUACAAGUAAACAAAUAGAGAAGCCAUCAAUUGGUUUAAAUGAUAAAACAAAACCGAUCACGACUAGUGGAUGUUCAGCAGGAGAUAGGUGUACCAUUUAA